UAUCAUAAUAAUUGUCCGACGUACCUUCGGGAGGGGUUUCAUAGAACCUCUGAAAUUCAUGACUAUAAUUUGAGGGGUUCUAACUAUGAUCUCCAACUACCACUAACUAACACAAAUUUUCUUAAGCGUUCAUUUUCUUAUCGGGGUGCAAUGGCUUGGAACCAACUGUCAAAUCAAACACGUGAGAUAGGGGAUCUUACUAGCUUUAAACUCGCGACAUCCUAGGAUAUAACUUUUUAUUAUGUUUUUAUCUUAUUUCUUUAAUGACUCAUUUCUUGUUAUUAUAUUGUAUUUCAAAUUAUUACUAUUUUUACCAGUAUUAUUAGUCUUGCUUACCAUACAAACUAGAUAGUCACGUUUAUGUGAGUCGAUAGGAACAGAUAAAAUUGUCAAUUCUUGUGCUAAUUAUUGUUAGCUAAUCACUAGUCUUAAUAUUUAUUUCUUGUAAUUAUCACACCGCAUGUCUGAAAACCAGCUUGCUGAGCCAUUUACCAUGUUUAAAUAAAGCUGAUUGAUUAAUUGAUUUAUUUAUUUCAGUUAGAACCUGUUACAAGAAGGCUUUAGAACACGACCAAUUACGGUGA